CUAUAAAUCUUUAUCUAAUGUAUAGGGUCCAUCACCGACACUAAUAAACAGAAAAAAACUUCUAUCUUCUGAUAUCUGAACAAGCUUCCAAUCAUUCCAACCAAAAACAUGGGAAAGCUGAGUUGUUUUGGGAUACUUGUCUUUGCAUUUUUAGCUUAUAUAGCCUCAACUGAAGCUCAACUUCAAAUGGGUUUUUAUUCUCAAAGCUGCCCAAGAGCUGAGCAAAUUGUACAAGAUUUUGUUAACCAGCACAUCCAUAAUGCUCCAUCACUUGCAGCUACCAUCAUUAGAAUGCAUUUCCAUGAUUGCUUUGUCAGGGGUUGUGAUGGGUCUGUGCUUAUAAAUUCAACAUCAAACAAUCAAGCUGAAAAAGCUGCAAUUCCAAAUCUAACUCUAAGAGGCUUUGAUUUCAUUGAUAGAGUUAAGAGCUUGCUUGAAGAAGAGUGCCCUGGUGUAGUCUCCUGUGCAGAUGUUAUUGCUUUGGUUGCCAGGGACUCCAUUGUUGCUACUGGUGGUCCUUCCUGGAGAGUUCCAACGGGAAGAAGAGAUGGAACAAUCUCAAAUGCUUCAGAAGCCCUGGCAAGCAUCCCAGCUCCGACGAGCAACUUCACCAAUCUCCAGAGACUUUUUGGCAAUGUGGGCCUGGACUUGAAAGACUUGGUGUUGCUUUCAGGCGCACACACAAUCGGAGUAGCUCAUUGUCCAGCAUUUUCAAAUCGCCUGUACAAUUUCACAGGCGUAGGAGAUCAGGAUCCUGCUCUGGAUAGUGAAUAUGCAGCAAAUCUCAAGGCAAGGAAGUGCACAACUCCUAAUGAUAAUACCACAAUUGUUGAGAUGGAUCCUGGAAGUCGGAAAACUUUUGAUCUCAGUUAUUAUUCUAAUUUGAUCAAGAGAAGAGGACUUUUCCGAUCAGAUUCUGUCUUGACUACAAACUCUGAUACGUUGAGUAUAAUCAACCAGCUGCUCAGUGGUUCACUGCAGUAUUUCUUUGAUGAAUUUGCUGCUUCCAUGGAGAAAAUGGGUAGAAUCAAUGUCAAAACUGGCUCUGCUGGUGAGAUUAGGAAGCUGUGUUCAGUGGUGAACAGCUGAAUAAGGGAUUUAUUAUUAUUAUUAUUGUUUAUUAGUGUUCCUGGUUUGGUUGUUUUGGCUUUGAAUGAACUUUGUCUAAUCUCUUUAGAGAUUAGCAAAUGAUAAAGUUAUUUAUUUGAA